GAUGCUGCUGUUGCUGUUGGUUCAACAGGAAUAGGCGGUGAUUGUUUUUGUCUUUUUUAUGAUGCAAAGACUAAGAAAGUUAAUGGAUUGAAUGGGUCUGGAAGAUCUCCUGCUAAUAUUACUUUGGAAUAUGUACGUAACGAUCUUGGAAUUGAUGAAAAUCACAUACCAUUAUUAAAUAUAAACUCUGCAACUGUUCCCGGAGCUGCUGCAGGAUGGGUUGACACUAUUAAUUG